CACCAGUAACCAAGUUAACUCCGUGGGGGAUGCACGUUUGAUCUUCGUCGUGAAUGUUAUCAAAAACCAUUAAAUAGUUAAUUGUUAAACCGUUUAUUCAAGUAUCAAGUGUUUCGGAUCCAAACAAUUUGUGUAAUCUCAACAGCGGUGCGUUGUUAAAUAGUGAAACUUAAAACUUUGUAAGGAUUCGGUGUUUAAUAUCUUAUCAGGAGCCGACAUCAAACCAUCAUUCUUAUCGUAAAGAAACAAGAGCAGUUUAUUGAUGUUUAGAUAAAUACAAACAUCUCAUCCGGAAAAAUAUAAAGUUUACGAAGUGGUGAUUUCGCUUUCAGUCAUUCGAGAGCGUUCGACUCGAACUGUUACAUCACUAAUUCCAAAUUUGAAAUUUUCGAGACGCGUUUACACGACGCGUUUUCCAGACGGUGUAAAGUGUGUGUGGAGUGGACUUUUUAGUAUAUUAAAUAAAAAUGGCCAGUACUGGUAGCGAAAUUUGGCUGCAAUGGUUUGCGUGCUGUUACCAGCCAGCUGCGCAGGCGCAGCGCACACGGCGGAGGAUAGACCGAUCUAUGAUUGGUGCACCUACGAAUUUUCAACACACAGGUCACAUAGGGUCUUCAGACCGGUUCGUGGACAUGCCCUCAUCGUUGUUGCAUUCUAUCCAGAACCAGAUGCAAAGCAAAGGAGGGUACGAGGUCGCUUAUGGUGUAAAGGUUUACUGAUGUCCUGAAGGUGAAACAGACUCUAAGGGGACUUAGUGAACAGUGUUGCUAUGAUCUACGUUACUAAAGUAAUAAGUGUUAGUGUUAAUAAGUCAAAUUGUGUACAUAUAGGAGUUUCGUGAAAUUGGAGCAAGUUACCUACUGAAAAUUUAAAUUUAAGAGAUUUUAUACGAUGAAUGGUCAUUGGUAGUUUUUAAUACAAAAACAUGAGUACUACGAUUAGUCAAAAAUCAAAAAUGACUAACUCGAAUCCAUUGUAGCAUGACAAUUGAAAAAAUAACCCAAGUCAAUUAUGCAAAUUUGUAAAUGUGUGCAAUUUCAAUAGUACAGUCUGCUACAUAUAUUUUUUAUUUAGUAAAAGGAAUGAAUUUGUAGCUGACUGUACACAAAAUCAUUAAUUGAAGAAAACUUUGUAAUUUUGAGUGCAGUAGGUAGGUAUAUUAUCGUACUUAUAAAUACGUGCAUAUUUAAUUAGAUAAUUAAGAAAAUAUUUAGGUAGUUUAUUUGAACUGCGUGUAAAUGUAUACUAAACUAUAGCAAUGGAUAUGGAGUUUUUAUAAGCUCCUAUUACAGGGAAACUAAUAUAAUUUUGAAUUUUAAUAGUUCAAAAUUAUAGUAACAGUCAAGACCAAUAUAUACAAUACUGAAAUCCUAAUCCUGUCGAUUAUAUUUCAUUUUUAUGAUAUAAUAACUGCCAGGUCUUGCAAAUUACCUUUAACUGCAGAAUUAUUAAUAGUGUACAUAAUAAUAACUGAAUCAAUACAAAUAAUUGUCUCAGUCGUCUGAAUGCCUUAUUAUAGUGAUAAAAUUCAUAUAAAUAAUUACCUACUACUUAUAUGUUUACAUUAAAGUAAAACUUGUUAAAAUAUACUUUUGGAACUCAGUGCUUGGAAAAAUUGAUGUAACUUUGGUAAACAAUAUGUAAAGACCGUUCGGUAUAUGUUAUUAUCACGAAGGGAUCAACGCCCUUUUAUAUUAGGCGUUUUUCAGUUUGAUCGAUUUAAAAAUCCUAUGUAAUAUUUGCUAAAACAUGCCAACUCCAUGAAAUAUAGAAUAAAAAAAAAUCAGGAAAAGCCGCUUAAUGUAAAAGGCCUUACAUUUUCCAGUCUGAGAAACUUCAUAAAUGUUCUUAUAGAAAUCGGAAUAAUAUAGGACAAUAGAAAUACCAUAUUGUUAUGGAAACUCUUGAUUAAACUUCAUUGAUGUGUCUUCUGUCUGAUAGAGCAAACCAUUGCAUGGUAUGAUUAAAUGAUUCUGCAUUCAUUAAAACUCUCAAGCUUUGAUAUUUUUGCACGUAGUCUGUGUUUUUCUCAUAUUUAGUUAAGUAAUUUCUAAUCAUUGUCUUUGUCAUAGUUUAUUAAUAUUUUUAUUGUGAAUGUGUUGUUGUUCAAAUGGUUAUUUAUCUUUUCAUAGGAAACAGGUUGUCUUCUUGCCCGAUCAGUUUGGGCAACAGAAUGACUGACAAACAAUUUAUUCUAAACAGACUGAUGGCGAUAAACUAUUGUUAAUUUAUUGUAUACCUAUGAAUACUAAAAUUUUACACUUACCUAUUGUUCACAUACAGUUCGUAAUCUGCACAGGUAUAUAUUAUCAUACGUGCGAGAAAGAAAACAUUGAAUUAUAUAGGUAGUAAGUGUCCACAAUUUUGCUUACACUUCUUCAAGUAAGUUGGUUAGUAAUAAGGAUUUGAAUAAAAAUACAAAAACUUAUUACUCACUUUUUAACUUUAUAUGUAUCUAGGAAUUCAUCACGUACUAGAAGUAGGUACUGUAAGUGAACAAUAAUAAGUAAAAAAUACUGAACGAAAAAGAGUAAUUUUGUCAUUUUCUAGCCAAAACGACAAAAUGUAGGUGUUUAAUAUUACAAUCAGAUUUUAUAUUCGAUGUAUGAUUAUACUGAAUUUGUUCUCUCUCUAUAAAGUAGUAGAAAAAAGUUUUCAAAUGAACAA